GCUGACUAGGUUCAAGUUUGUUGGGCCUUCUUUCCUCUUCUGAGCAAGCUGUUCUAACUCCAGAAAUCUGGAAGAAGCGACUGUUUUUCAUACGACAGCAUGCAUGCGCACGGAGACAGCUGUCAACAUUUCAGUAACCAUAGCGAGGAAAGCAUUAAUUUACGGGUUAAGUCACGUGCAUUUCCUUAUUGUAUUUAUUACUGCAGGCAAUAAUCCUAUAGAUCUAGUUGCAGAGUAUUAACACCCGUCUUCUCUGUUGACACCCUCAAAAUGGGAUGCAUUUUCCGUUAGCUCGCUAGCCAGCUUGGUUUUAUCCCGAUAAUGAAUAUAUGUUAGGACGGCAAGAACGGCGUUUUGGAGAGUCUCUCCUUGUUGUUUUAGCAAUUGUUUUAAUUGUACAGAGUGUUACAUUUUAGCAACAAUAUGGCUAACAUUUAGCUAAGUUACAUCAGUGUCCCAAAUUGUUACUUGGUACCUAAUGAUGAAUAAUUUAUUGGAAUACAAUGCCGCAUGAUCAGUGUGUCAGUGUUUUACUCUUUAAAAGAACUGGGAGAAUAGUGUUGUUUUAAGCUGCUAGGAAGGUGACAUAUGACACAAACAAAGCCAUUAUUUGACAACUGCGCCCUUUGAAGUGCCACGAUGGAUUCUUUUUUGGAUUUCGAAGAAUGUAUUAAAGAUUCACCGCAUUUCAGGGCCUCUCUGGAUCAAUGUGAGAGUGAUGUAGCUGAAUUGGAGAGCCGAGUUGGGAAGGUGAUGAAGAUGUGUACUAAGAUGGUGGAGGCUGGCCAAGCAUACAACAACUCUAAUCAGCUGUUCCUGGCUGCAUUGGCUGAGUUUUCCUUGUAUCACAAGCGGGACAAUGUCAUUAUGAACUGCCUACGCCAGUUCAAUCAGGGGCUACAAGAGAUGAUCCAGUUUCAUACGAUGCUGUUUGACCAGACCCAGAGAGCCAUUACCCAGCAGCUCACCAACCUGCUCUCACAGUUCAUGCCUCAGAUAAAGGACACCCGAAGGGAAUUUGUGCGGAUCGGGGAGGACCUUGAGACCGCUGCUGCAAAGAACGCCCAGAUCUCUCGCCACAAAACCACUGAGGCUGAGAGGGCCAGCCACCUACUGAUAGCAACACGCAAGUGUUACCAGCACUUUGCCCUGGACUACUGUUUGCAGCUGAACAACUUUAAAGUCCAACAGAAGCUGGACAUCUUAAACUCGGUCUUUUCCUACUUCCACGCCCAGUACACCUUCUUUCACCAAGGCUACGACUUGUUAAGAGACUUGGAGCCCACCAUGAAGACUAUGGCCACACAGCUUGCUCAACUUUCCACGGAUUGCUCAUCUAAGAGAAAAGAUCUGGAGAACACACAUCUUCUUGUCCAGCAACGAGAUGCCUCUGGGGAGCCUGUCGUUGCCUGCACGCCAGCAGAUGGUGGAACUAUACAAGGCUACCUGUUUAAGCGUUCGCGCAGGAAGAACAAGACAUGGAAAAGAUGCUGGUUCUCCACUGAAAACAACCAGCUAGUGUACACUAAAACACACAAGGAGAAGCCCACAAUGCUGUUUGAUGACCUCAGGCUGUGUGCGGUGAAGCAGCUGGACAGCAUUGACCGGCGCUUUUGUUUUGAGCUGGUGUCAGUUCAGAAGUGCUGUGCCCUGCAGGCGGACUCGGAGGAGCUGAGGCAGGCCUGGAUCAAUGCUGUGCAGGGCAGCAUAGACAUGGCCUACCGCCAGAAAGAGGAGGCGCAGCAGCCCCAGCCCAAGGAGAGCUCUCCACCGGUGCAGGCUGUGGUCCCCCCACCAGGGCAGCCACCCCCCAGACAGGCUGUGCUUGGCGUGGCCCUGCAGGGGUCUGGAAAUCAACGCUGCUGCGACUGUGGAGAGGAGGAUCCGCGCUGGGCCAGUGUCAACCUGGGCAUCACCAUGUGCAUAGAGUGCUCUGGCAUCCACAGGAGCCUUGGUGUCCACCUGUCCAAAGUCCGAUCUCUCACCCUGGAUUCAUGGGACCCAGAACAAAUGAAGCUACUCUGUAUAUUAGGGAAUGAUGUUGUUAAUGGCAUCUAUGAGGAGUGCAGCUCAGAGGACGGCAUAAAGAAGCCCACCUCUCACAGCCCACGUCAGGAAAAGGAGACAUGGAUUAAAGAGAAGUAUGUGGGGAAGAGAUUUGUGCGAAAGGCCAAUUCUUGUGACUCAGAAACCGUGAGGCGUGAAGGUGGGCGACGGCUCUACCAGGCGGCCCUCCAGGGGGACCUUGUAUCCAUGGCGGCAGCUCUGGCCCAUGGCGCGGAGGUGAACUGGAGUGACCCACAGCAGGAGGGGAGAACUGCUCUGAUUGGUGCAUCCAUUGGGGGUUCCCUUACAGCAUGCGAGUUCCUGCUCCAGAACGGAGCCAAUGUAAACCACAGGGACCAGAGGGGCCAGGGGGCUCUUCACGCUGCUGCCAUCGGGGGCCACACAGGGCACGUGUGCCUGCUUCUAAAGAGGGGAGCCAAUCAAUACGCAGCUGACGAAAAGGGAAAUGACCCGCUCAGCAUUGCCAUGGAGACUGCUCAUGCUGACAUUGUGACCUUGCUGAGAAUGGCACGUAUGAAUGAGGAGAUGAGAGAUUCUGAGGGAUUCUUUGGUUCGGUUGGUGAUGAUGAAACAUUCCAGGACAUCUUCCGAGACUUCAGCAACAUGGCAUCCCACGAUCCGGAGAAGCUCUCCCGGAGACAGUUCAGUAAGAGUGCAGACGAGGAUGGCGAGGGGAACCGACUGAUAAAUGAUCAACAUGUAGAGGAAGAUGGAGGAGGAGGAGGAGCAGGAGAGGAUACUUAAGAUCACAUGAGCAGACUUUUGACGUCCAGUGCUCUUAACCCAGCUGCUGCAUGUGUCACAUCUUGUCUUCAUGAGCGCUGACUUAAUUGGGUCAGUCUGGACAGUAUUGAUGUUUUUUUCUUUUCGUUUAUUUUACUUGUUCAGGAAAGUUAAACCAGGAAGUGUAGUGCCAGACUAACUACACAGUUCCACAGUAGAGUUACACAAGUUACAAAUCGGCAAAGAGAACGUGGAAAAGACUGUAUUCUCCACGGGCACAUUUAGACUGUUUCUCUUUGCCCAGGAACAGUGCACCCCUCCCCACUUUACUGUACAGUUGAUUAUCAAUUGGUGAAACAUGAGUUCAGGUUGAAGCAAGGAACCAGGGUAAGUCAGAUCAUAGUUUUAUGGAGAUGAUUUUAUCACCUCUAGUGGAAAAAUGACAAAUAAGUUAACCUCAGAAAGCCAAGCCUCUGACUUGGUAAAUGUUGGGUAUAUAUUACAAGACAACUGGUCAAGAGCUGCGAAAGUGACCGGAAGGUUCUUUUGACGGAUACAACCAACCCUACACUUUUAACUACAGACCUUUCUAUGCCACAUUAAAACAGAACAAAAUGGUCAUAAGUGGGUGGUUAGGCUAAGUGGGUAUACACUCCAGCCAAUGACUGUGGAUUAGACAGUCUAAUCCACACUGUACACUUAGCUGGUGACACUAUGAAAAUGUAUCACUUUGUAGAUGGGACUUUAAAGGCUGAAGCUGGUAUAGAUGAAGGUAUGGGGCAUUAUUGGUCAGUAAUUUUACAUUGGUGUGUGGUGGCAGAUGAAUCUCAGGUUCGUGUGAAGUGGCAGGGGUGGAAGAGAUCUAGUUCAGAAAGUUGUGGCAUCUUUUUUGCUCCCAUUUGUUUACUAAGCUACUUGGCUACACAGAGAAUUUACCUUUUAGUUAAAGGAUUGUACAAUGUAAGAAAUCUGUGCAAAUAAUGCAGAAUUUAGUAGAGGACUUCACUUCCUGCUUUUAGGUGGACGGACCACUGGCCAGGACUAACUUAUUGAUCUAAGUUUGGCUUAAUGCGCAACAGAGAAAGGGAAAAGUAUUACAAAUAUUUAUGUUUUUAAAAAUAGUAUUGUGUUGUUGUAGGAUGGGAUGAAUUUUAGCAACUCAAAUGUUAAGUGUGUAUGUUAACUAAAUGUCUAUUAUAGUUCUUCUAUUUUUGUGUGCUGCAUGACAGCACUUGUAUUUUAGAUUAUUUGUCUCUGGUCGACAGCUGUGGAACUGCUCCACCCACUAAAGCCACUAACCUCCCUCAUAUCAUUUCAAAUCUGCUUUUAAGGUAAAGAGCAUUUAUAUGUGGAGAACUGUUACUGUGGGUGAUGAAAAAAUGACAUGCACUAAUAGAUCAUGACAAGAGGCUGCAACAACAAAAAGCAUAGCUCUCCAUUUUGA